GCUCGCUCGCGCGCUACCUGCAGGACACCGCUGUGUCCAGCGUGGAGCAGCAACGUGCCGUUUUCCGUCUCGUGCCGAAACGACGUCAUUGGCAUUUCAAGAUGGCCGCGGACGAGGGCUGGAGGGACGGGAUCUUCUCAGCUGCGGGUUUUUAGCCUCCAAACUACCGCUCAGGACUGUUUCGCCGCUCCGUUUCGCCGGUAUGUUCGGGAUGAAAGGCGACAAGCGCGGAUGUGAUCAGACCGAUGAGCGUCGGCGUUGCUGUGGCGGAAGCGAGAGCGCGCUGGAGGAUGUAGAGGAGUAGUGGAGGCUGGCAGCGUCGGCCUGCGCCAGGCUGCUUCCGCUGGGCUUCAUCUGCUGUGAAGAAGUGGAGUCGGGGAGAUCGCUGACUCUGCAGGUUGCCUUGGCCUGAGGUUGUGAUGCACCCUUGAUGGACCUGCUGUGUCACUGGGAGGGCUGAUGGUGGAGUCAGCAGCUGGAGGCAGGGGUGCUGAGGAAGGGAGACUGCCCUACACUGCUGAUGGUCCCGGUAAGCAAGAGGAAAUGGACAGACUGGACUCUCAAACUGUAGCCCCGCAUGGCGAGAACGACGAAAGCUGUCAGACAGGAGAGGAGAGCAGGCGUGGCCGAGCUUCCGGUGGAGGAGUUCAGCGUGAUCAAGCUUUUGCGUGGACAGGGGAUGAACAGCAUCGGCAGGGCCAUACAGGUCCAGCUGUAGCAAAGCUUCCGAACGGUGAUGUGGAAUGUGUCUCUUGUACAGCGUCCAGAUGCGAUUCCUCUGAUCAAACUAACCCGGCUAGAUGUUGCUCUUUGGACAGAAAUGGCAAAGUGCUUGUUAAUGGUGAGUUAUUGUCAGGUUCUGAAUGUGCUUCUUUGAACGCUGAUGUAUCACCAGCAUCGUCCACUAGCUUUGUCUUGUGUGUUUCGAAACCUCAGUCACAUGACGCAACCCAUGAUAUGGGAGCAGCCCUGCACCAAAAUCAGGAUGUGUCCAGCAGUGUCAGGCUCACCUCAGGCUACACUUCCAGUAGUACGUUAUCCAGUCUGGUUCAAAGGGAAGCCACUAGUGGAGGUCAGGAAUCAGGAAUGACCUCUAAAAAUUGCUCUUCUGAAGCAGACUCUGAAUGCACGCUCCACUCUCUCCGGACUUUCUCCCAGAGGGAUUUCUGCAGUGAACCCCUUCCAUCGAAUCCUGAGGACAGGGAGUCGUGUCCUGGUCCUAAUGGACAACAAGAAGACAGCUUGACGUUAAAGGACGUGAGUCUGAACUCUAGAAACACAUAUGAAAUUAGCCGGCGCCAGAGCGCCCCAGACAACAUGCCCGGAGUCUUGACUGUGGCCUCUUCGGAUGCGGCACUGAAGCAGAAAAAACAAGGCCUCUCCGAAAUCUUCGGCAGGGGCCUGUUCUCCAGGAAGCAGAAGGAAGCCCAGAGUGCACCUGGUUGGAAGCUUUUUGGAAAGGUACCAUUGCGAGAAAGCCCUCCAAAAGACUCCAAGACCAUCCAGCAGGACAGUAACCCAGGCAAUCUCACAUCUGUAUCAACACCCAAUCUCUUAAGUGCAGGGGAGUAUGAGGCCAAGACCAGUAAAGGAGGUCACAGCCCGCCCCGGCCUUCCCAAGGACGGCGUAAGAACCUAGAGUUUGAACCUCUGUCCACCACAGCACUCAUAUUAGAAGACAGACCCUCCAACCUUCCUGCUAAGCCUGAGGAAGAAGCUCAGCGCCACCGGCAAGAGUAUGACGAGAUGGUGGCUGAGGCUAAAAAGAGAGAGCUGAAGGAGGCCCAGAAGAAGAAGCAGCAGAUGAAGGAGCGCUUUAAGCAGGAGGAUAACAUCUCCAGUGCCAUGGUUGUCUGGAACACUGAGAUCCUGCCCAACUGGGACAGCAUGCGUGGUUCUCGCAGGGUUAAAGAUUUGUGGUGGCAGGGCCUUCCACCAAACGUCCGGGGCAGAGUGUGGAGCCUGGCCAUCGGGAAUGAGCUCAACAUUACUCCAGAGCUGUAUGAGAUCUUCCUGUCCCGGGCCAAGGAGCGCUGGGGGACGUUUAGAGACACGGGCUGUGAGGUGGAGACAGAAGUAGAAAGCGGAACAUCAGUGGCAGACCGAGAGUCCAGCCUAGAUCUGAUCAAACUGGACAUUUCCCGCACUUUCCCCUCACUCUUCAUCUUCCAGAAGGGAGGGCCAUAUCAUGACCUCCUCCACAGCGUGCUUGGAGCCUACACCUGUUACCGGCCUGAUGUGGGAUAUGUCCAGGGCAUGUCCUUCAUUGCUGCUGUGCUGAUUUUGAACAUGGAGGAGGCUGAUGCGUUUAUCGCCUUCGCCAACCUCCUCAACAAGCCCUGCCAAAUGGCUUUCUUCCGAGUUGACCAUGAACUGAUGCUGAAGUACUUUGCAGCAUUUCAGGUAUUUUUUGAGGAAAACCUUCCAAGGCUGUUCAGUCACUUCCAAAGCUCCAACCUUACCCCAGAUCUCUAUCUGAUUGACUGGAUCUUUACCCUCUAUAGCAAGUCUUUGCCACUGGAUGUGGCAUGCCGUGUGUGGGACGUGUUCUGCCGUGACGGAGAGGAAUUCUUAUUCCGGACGGGGCUCGGCAUCCUGCGCCUGUAUGAGGAGGUUCUGCUAUGCAUGGACUUCAUCCACAUUGCCCAGUUCCUCACACGCCUGCCUGAUGACGUCUCUGUUGACCGCCUCUUUGGCUGCAUUUCUUGCACACAAAUGACCAGCAACAACCGCAAGUGGACCCAGGUAUUUAGUGCAUUAAUGAAGGACAAAGAAGUGGACAAAAGCAGCAGCCCUUCCCUGAAGAGCUCUUGACCCAUCUGUUCUAAACCUCUGUUCUUGAAAGGUUUUUAAUAAUGGCAGUGGUGUAAGUUAAAGCUUGCAGGCUUUAGAGCAGUAAAAGUCACAUUGACUGCAGUAAACUGGCUCUCUCUGGAACAGGUGCCAGGAUUAGACAAGCAGGAGGAAAACUGUGAUUUUUGUAGGGCUAGCUGUAGAACAUAAAGGAAUACACCAGCAUUCUUUGCAGCCUAAUCUCUUUGCCCCAUUCGUCACGUACUGAAAAUUGAAACAGACACAAACACCUUUCCUUGUACUUGUGCAGCUGCCCGUUGGCAUUUAUAGUGGAUCGAAAAACGAUCAAUAUCAGUAAUCAGUCAUAUUAGUGACAGAUUAGGUAGAAGAACUCUGGGGUAUCGCUUUAACUCUAUAUAAUCUGUAAACAGUUACUUUUUAAUUUGGUAUGUUCUCAGACAGGGCACACAAACGUGCACCAGGAGAAUGAGUGUGUUCCACCAGCCUCCAAAUGUGCUUGUAACAAUCAAGUUGUUUGCUGCAAUUUUAUUUUGGAGAAAACUCCGAAGAAAUGUUAAAUCAACAGCUGGCGUGCUGUAUAACAUUAGGCCAGUGCUCCUAUCGGUCAUCUCUAUUGUAAGGAAUCUAACUGUAUAGCUGCUUUUUUCACAUAUUGAAUACAUUGACUAAUAAUGUACUUGAAGCUGUGAUGCUUAUGAAGGAUAUUUGUUCUUAAUUCAGACAAACUGAUUUGUUUUUUGCAGUUAAGCUGAAAGUGGUCCAUAAUAAGCUUAAUAAGCACUUUCCUGGUCUAGCAGUUAGUGGCUGUUCCAUUCCGAGACUUUAUUCAGGUUUUUAUACAAAACCAAUGUGCAGUUUUCCAUCCCAUCCCAAAGGCUAAGUAACACUUAAAGGAGAAUUCAUGUGUUUUUCAACCUGAUCUCGAUCCAGUAAAUAAGACGUUUGGUAAUCAACAAUGUGUUACACAUUAGGCAAAUGAAGACAAGGUUGAAAUUCAUUGAAAUAUUCCUUUAAACUGUGCUGCUUUGGGAAAAAAAGGAAUGCACUUUCAAAUGUGUACAUAAUUUCCACUUGAGUAAAAUACAUCAAUGCAGCUAUUGGCAAAUGCAAAUAUACAGGGUGAUUCAAGAAGAUUCAUACGAUUAAAUGAUUUCUUUCACUUCUAAAUCAUUACAGAACAAUUUUAUUAACGAGUAUAUUAGGUCAUUUUAUUAUGUGAUUCUACAAGGGCUCAGUAUGAACCUCCUCCAGCUGUGUGGACAACAUUCGUGGGCUGGAGGUCAGGGAACUG